AUGAGUUCACUGUUCAGAAAGGGCCUUCCAGGCCCUCCUCUCCUCGGUAUCGGGUCUCACUCGCAAAAUCCCAUUGGAAAGAGGGCUCUAACCUUCGCAUUCUUCGUUCUGGUCGCCACAGGGAUUCCACACCAGUGUCAUCUCGCCGCCGCCUAUGAGGAUCCCGGACCAUCGGACGGCAGUCGCACACGCGCUGCAUCGGAAACUGGAGACUCAAACCCAACUGCGCGCCAGCUUGCUCACCAGUUGAUGCAGGCCUUGGAGAAACGAGACGUGGGUGUAUCUGACAGCAAUCUUCUUCAGGUCUUGCCGUCCAUUCUGCCUCAAGUGAGGACGCUUGGUCUCGAUGUGGCUGCAUUCGAAAGUGAAUUUAGGUAUCUCUUUGCCACUCGACACGGAAGAGCUCAGAAGAUGACAGAGCCACCAGACGGAGCGUCUGCAACUCAAAAAAGUAUGAAGAUCUCCGGAGGAACUGAUGACGCUUCCAGCCGUCACACUGAGGGGGAGGAGACCUGGCGCCCACGUAGCUCAGCACGCAGAAAAGACAGUGCUUUCGCGGGCUACUACGAUGAUCGCUUAUCUCUCUCUAGUGCUCAUGACACAGUUUUCAUUCCCACUCCAGAACUGAGUGGCUUCGGAAUCAUUUCAAACGCCACACUUUCAGCUCAAGACGACAUGAACGCAGAUCGCCUGCUGGGUGACACGAACUAUGCCGAGGAAGAAUUGGAUACAGAGACAGAGGGAGGAGGGGAGCAGGCGCUCGACGGACAGCAACUCCUAAGGUUUAGGAACAAGGCGAAUAAGAGGCAGCGAGCAGUCAAUACUGACUUUGACAUGGUGGUGGGGGGGAAAGAGCUGCUACAUGUUCGUGCUACUGCCAAUUUUCGGAGUGGUGUGAUGGCGUCACCAACGAAUACGGAAGCUAUCGUUGUUCCUUUGGUGGCAGCCUCCUUCGAUGCUCCUGGCGAAAGUGCACUGGCUGUGAUGAAGGCCUUUGAUGGAGAUCCGGCUGAGCUGAGGCGACUGUUCGCUGAAGCUGUCAUCGAAGCGAUUCCACAUAGGCUGAAAGAUGCAUGGAACGUGUCCGAGUCUGACGUGCGACUCUUCUCUGUGCAAGAUAAAGAUAUCUCCAUAUAUCUCAACAUGACCAAUAUCGUAAACCGGCCAGAACCGACAAGGUCCCUUCUUUCGCUCUCAGCAGGAUGUGACUUCUCGUCUCGGAAGAAACUUCUCCAGCUUCACGAAGGAGCCACGCCGUCCCCUUGCGUCAGAAUUCAGUGGGACUGGUUGGAUACCACGGGUAGUGGCGAGAAUGGAACGACAGAGCUCGUUCGAGCCGUGAACGCGGAUCUGACAAGCGAACAUUCAUCAUACAUCAUGGGGAACAAGUCGGCGUUUGGCCGUCGAGCCCGUACAGUUCUAGGCAACGUCAGCAGCGUUGCCAUGUCAGCCUAUACAGUGUGUGGCGUUCCCGCGAAGGAUCAACAACAAGGUCCAAACGUCUUCCAAUGCUAUAAACAGGGAGUCGACUUUUUUGGCUUCGAUGUGAAGAAAGUUGAAACGGGGGAAAUCAACUCGCCAGGCGAAUGCGCAGAGCACUGCAAAUUCGACGAUGAAUGCUACUAUUGGACUUUCAACCCGGUCCGCAGUUGGUGCUACUUGAAGGGCGUGGAUGCCCCGCAAGGCGUCUAUAGCGAUCCACCAGCAACAAGACACCUGAUAUCUGGAUUGAAAAACUGCGACACACUCGCCGACCCAUAUCCAUCUGAACCGUGUUACCGGGUAGGAAUGGACAUCGUAACCACGGGCUACGAGCACUCCAUUCCCCACUCCACAUCAGCCCUCCAAUGCCAUGCAGAAUGCACCGUAGAGCCAUUCUGUUUCUAUUGGACCUUCGACUCCCGCCAGAGCAUUUGCCAUCUGAAGGGCCAAGGUCUAGUCGUGGCUGCCCAGGAUUCAACGCGCUCUAGCGAUGCACUGAUUGCCGGCGCGAAACGCUGCAAGGCACUGCAAAACCACAUGCGCACUACUCGGCGUCUUAUGGAAAUUGGGGGAUCGGAGAAACUCCAGCCCACUGGGGGCAACGAUACUUUUUUCACCGCAAGGACUCCAGAGCUAUCCGACUGCACCUACGACGACGGGGACCUGUAUCCCACUUCAGAAGACAUCGUCCUGCAGACAAAAGCUGGCAACGCGAGCGAUUGCCACACUGCAUGCACCCAGCAAGAGGCUGAAACGUCAUCGAACGACUUGUCUCCGAAGCCACCACACCAACAGGCUGGGGAGACGACAAACCAAGACAUCUGUGCAUUUUGGCGCUUCGAUGAAGCAAGCGGCACAUGCUUGCUCAUGGGUCGACAUGCCUGGAAGACUUGGAAGCCUCGUAUCGACAAUUUGGGUGGAAGACCUGUUCCGCAAUCCCCGGAGACACGGACUACGACGGGAUCGCGUCGUUGUAAACAAUUUUCUUACGCUUUCCCUCCUUUAUCGCCACUAGACUUAUGCUUCCAGCCGGGGAUACAGUUCAACACAUCAGCGGAUUAUGUUGUUCGCGAGGAAACCGCUGUCCAUAGUCUGCAGCAGUGCGUCUUACUGUGCUCCACGGAGCCCAAGUGCAUCAGCUGGACGUACAUGGCGAAAGCAACCACAUGUUCUUUGCUUGCUUUGGACGCGCACAAGGUUAAGCGUGUGAGGGAAGAACUCUCACAGGCCGAGACUGACAGAGAAGAAAUGGUAGUGUCUGGCCUUUUCGGUGCAAAACAUUGCGCGGAUGCUUCCUCCAGCCAGCUUGGCGAACCUCUGCGCAGUACUGAGGCUGCAAAUUCACCGCCUCACGCUGGGCGAAUGGCAGCCACUACGGAGACAGCCGGUUGGGGUUCAGACUCCCCCUACAAUAUACCAGAUGACCUGCCAGCUUGUGCCCGCGAGGGCUUCAUGUAUGCCGGACACGAUUUGGGAUUAGAUGAAAAUGCUUCUCAAACUCAUUCUGCACGCGACUGCUGGAGGACGUGUUCUCGCACCCACCUAUGUUUCUUCUGGUCGUUUGAUAAAGUGUCGAGGCGGUGUUUUCUGAAGGACGCUAACGCUCCUGUUGGUGGGCGAUCCACAAGGCCAGAGGACUUCACAUCAGGCCCACGAUACUGCCCUCACGCGGCAGCCUUGCGCCGCUUUCCGUUGCUGAAACUAAUGGAUACGGCAUCCGGCGUGCGUCUGCUCCCUCCACUGAAGGUCACACGGCCAUUCAAGCUGGGAGAGACUCUGGCUGACCACGAAACUGAAUCAGCGGCAUCGGCCAGUCCAGGGACUAACAGGAAUUUCAGUGGGGCCCCGCCGCGAACUGUAUCGACCGGAGGUGACGAGCAAGUUAGUGGUAGGGCGGGUUUCUGGAACGGCCUGCCAGGAGGACUAGGGAGCGACCACCAGAAGAAAGAGAACAGCGUGAGCUCCUUUAUUGCCUCGUGGUUGCCCUUCAGUGGUUUCCGCAUGAACACAUCGGGAGGCUUUCUUGCACGAGAAGGAAAGCCAGAAUCGGAAGAACAACACCUACAAAGAAAUACCCAACGUGCGUCAGAUUUUCAAGCUCAUACGACGCAGGAUGUCCUACAACCGCACACCACGAAAGAUAACCCCGUCGAUGCGGCGACCCCAUUAGAGUCUCCUACGCUCAACAGCCAGCGGAUUACCCCGGCUCACGCACCUACACCGACCACAAUAACGGGAACCGGUGCAGUGGAGAGACACAGGGAAAGAGUCCAUACAGCCAUAGGAGCCAAAAAUGAAGUCGGCAGCACCGAAAGGUCGGACGUCACAGAUGAGACCGGGGCCGCUAGCUUCGACUCCUCAAAGGGCAACUCUGAGGCAGACGCUGAUGCAGGCUCCCGUGAUCCUCCUGCUGUCGAGAAACGAGCCACCGACAAUGACUUUGACGGCUCCAGUGACGCAGACACCUCAGAAAAAAGCUGGCCGUGUGAGCGUGACGGUGUAGCGCUCAUGGGAGCGGACUUCUUUGUUGCAGGCGACCCCGGGGCUUUGACAGGAGUUGCCGGGGGCAUUGUUAUGCAGAGCUCUCAGCAGUGUGCCACGUACUGUGCCAGUAAUCCAGGGUGCGCGUACUGGACCAUGGAUACAGAAUCUAGCUUGUGUUAUUUGAAGACAGCAGAUGCUCUCUUCCACUACAAAAGCGAUCAGACGACGAAGCAUUUCGUGUCUGGUUCAACGACGGCUGAACACGACUGCCUCCUCUAA